UGUAUUUCUCUCUUAUAUGAAGUACGUUUGUGCCUUACUUUCUGUUUCAGCGGUCCUUCUGGGACCACUGAUGUUUGGUCUCACGACCGGUUUCACAGGUCAGACUAUUGAUACCAUGGCCAACACGGUUACUACCGCUGAUGGUACUCCUAUUGAGAUUGGUGAUUAUGACCAUUUGUGGGUAUUGCAUGGGUCGAGCGAGUCUUCCUUGUUCGGUUCUCUCGUUAACAUCGGUGCCAUGUUUGGGGCUUUCAUCGGUGGCCCUCUCAUCGACAAGUUCGGAAGGAAAUGGUGCCUUGUUGGGUGUUCCCCUUGUUUCGUCCUCUGCUAUCUGUGGCAGGCUUUGGCCCACACUUCGUGGCAAUUACUAUUCGAGCGUGUUCUUGUUGGUAUUAUUGUGGGCGUCGAGUCCGUGGCUGCCCCCACCUACAUUGGUGAGGCUUCUCCCACUAAGAUUCGUGGUAUGCUCGGUGCUGCCAAUCAGUUGGCUGUCACUAUUGGUGAUCUUCUUGCCUACGCGUUGGCUUUUGGUUUCAUGACUCAGGCCAACUCUACUGAUCCGAAUGCGACCAGUAGUACCUUCUGCAACUGGCGAGAGCUUAGUUGGAUUUAUCUUAUUCCUUCUGGGUUAUUGGGGAUUUUUGUUUUCCUCGUCCCCGAAUCUCCUCGUUGGCUUGCCGAGCAUCGUGGAUUGGAUGCCGCGAAGAAGGUGUUGUUGAGACUCCAUGGCACCGAUGAGGAUGAUGAGGAUGUUGUUGAUGAACUCAAGGCUUAUCAAAUCACUGUCGAGGCUCAGAAGGCUAAGUCUGGUUGGACUCAGAAGGAGCGUUUCAACGAUGCGAUUGGUGGCCUUCGCAAAUACUGGAUCCAGGUCGUCAUUGGUGUGGUGCUGCAGAUCUGUCAGCAGUUGUCGGGUAUCAAUGCGGUCAUCUUCUAUCAGACUUCUAUCUUCCAGGCAGCUGGUAUCUCCAACAUGCAGACCAUGGCUCUCGUUACUAUGGCCAUUCAGGUUGGGGUUACAUUCGUUGCUUGCUGCAUCAUGGAUCUCGCUGGAAGAAGAGUGUUGCUAGUCUUCGCCGCUACUGGUAUGUGCAUAUCCGCGUGGAUGUUGGGUCUUUUCUUCUAUCUACAGGAUGUCACCGGUUUGACUAACGUUGGCUGGUUGGCUCUGGCUUCUGCCUACUGUUAUAUCGCCUUCUUCUCCAUCGGUGUUGGCCCGAUCCCGUGGCUCAUUAUGUCCGAGAUCUUCCCCAACGAUGUGAGAGGUAACGCUGCCGCCAUCGCCACUGCUGUUAACUGGCUCUUCGCGUUCAUUGUCACCAUGUGCUUGAAUGCUUAUCGAGAAGCUAUCACCUAUCAGGGUGUCUUCUGGAGUUUCGGAUUCAUCUGCCUAGUAAUUAUCUUCUUCGUCUUAUUCUUCAUACCUGAGACUAAGGGUAAAUCCUUCGAGCAGAUUGAAGCCGAAUUUGAGAGGAAGUAUCAUCAGAAGCGAGCUGCGAAAUCUGCCAAGGCUACUGCUGUUGGUACGGACGGCUCCGUGGAUGAGGCUGGUGGCGAUUCUACCCUGAGCCGUACUUCCUCUGCAGCGGUAUAA